AUGGCCGACCAAGAGGACUUUUCCUCUCUCCCUCUUCCCGAAAGAUUUGCACACAAGAUCUGGAAAGUACGGAAAGAAGGCUACGAAGAGGCCAAGAAACAAUUCGAGAUAUCUCCUGAUGAAGAGGCUCCUGUUUUUCGACCAUUUUUACAAGAUCCAUCAAUCUGGAAGGGCGUUGUCGCGGACACAAAUGUUGCUGCCCAGCAGGAGGGUCUUGCGGCCUAUUGCGCCUUUUUACAGUUUUCUGGCUACCAGGCAUGCAACAGGACGCGAUCUGUCACGGCCGCACCUAUAAUCGAAAAGGGUCUCCCUCAGACACGUCCUGCAGCUAAGGCAAGUGCCCUCGAAGCGCUAUUACUUUUUAUUGAACUAGACAAGCCAGAGCCGGUUAUCGAAGAGCUCAUCGCCGCCCUUUCACACAAGACACCAAAAGUUAUUGCUGCCGCUCUAGCAGCCCUUACCGCUAUAUACCAUAACUAUGGAGUCAAGACAGUCGAAACAAAACCGGUUCUCAAGUCACUCGCAAAGGUUUUCGGCCAUGCGGACAAGAAUGUGAGAGCAGAAGCUCAGAAUUUGACAGUAGAGCUAUAUAGAUGGCUGAAAGAGGCUCUCAAAGCUACUUUCUGGAACGACCUAAAACCAGUGCAACAGCAGGACCUGGAGAAAAUGUUUGAAAAUGUGAAGCAGGAACCCCCACCCAAACAGGAGCGGUUUACUCGCACACAGCAAGCAGCCAUGGCUGAGGCGAGUGCAAACCCUAGUGCCGAAGAUGGAACGGCCGAGGCGGAAGGCGAGAACCCAGAGGAUGACGGCGAAGUCGAUGUAUUUGACCUGGUCGAAGCGGUAGACAUACUAGCAAUGGCACCAAAGGACCUGCAUCAAAACUUAGCGUCAUCCAAGUGGAAAGACCGGAAGGACGCGCUGGACGAUUUAUACAAAGUCGUUAAUGUCCCAAGAAUCAAGGAGGGCCAUUUCGACGAGUUGUGCGCUGGCCUUGGAAAAUGUAUGAAAGACGCGAACGUCCUAGUAGUCACAGUUGCAGCAAACUGUAUAUGUGCUAUGGCAACUGGACUUCGGAAAGGAUUUGCCAAAUACCGCUCUGUUGUGAUGCCACCUAUGAUGGAACGACUCAAGGAAAAGAAGGCCACCGUGUCGGCUGCAUUAGGCCAGGGAUUGGAUGCCGUGUUUUUAUCUACAAGCUUGAGCGAAUGUCUGGAGGAUAUUCUUGGAUUCUUGAAGCAUAAGAAUCCCCAGGUGAAACAGGAAACCUUCAAAUUUUUAGUCCGUUGUCUACGCUCUACGAGAGAUGUGCCUUCAAAAGGAGAAGUCAAGCUAAUAGCUGAAGCUGGAACAAAACUUCUCACAGAUUCAAGUGAAGUUACUCGAUCAGGUGGUGCAGAGAUUUUGGGAACUCUCAUGAAGAUUAUGGGUGAACGAGCAAUGAAUGUGUAUUUGGAUGGGCUGGAUGACAUUCGAAAGACCAAAAUCAAAGAGUACUUUGAAACGGCAGAGGUCAAAGCCAAGGACAGACCCAAGCCCAUCAUAGGUCCACCAAAGACUACCGCUACACCUGCAAAGAAGCCAGUUGGUAAAAAACCAUUGGCGAAAAAACCAGCCCCCGCUGCCGCAUCAGAACCCCCUGCUUCACCAGCGCCGGUAAAGAAAGCCGUUCCUAAAAUCGGGGCCCCUCGUGGCCUUGCCACACCAGGUUCAGGGUUGAAGUUGAAAGCGAAGCUGGCUGGUCCAGGUGGUGCUGCUUCCCCGCAACGUCGUGUGGUAUCACCUCCGUUAGAGGAACCAGCUCUUCCUCCUCCUCCUCCCAAAUUUGGAAUUGGUGGUGGUGGUAGGGGUCUAGCCGGUCGUCCUAUAGGCAAACAAAGUGCGCCUGUGCAGGAGCAGCCAAUUGCACAGGUACCCACUGGUUUAUCCGCGAUUGAACGAGCAGAGCUGGAGGAGCUUCGAGCUGAAAAUGCCAGGUUAUCCAAGUUAACUGAGGAUCUGCGUGCAGAGCGAUCAAGAUUGUCGUCUGAAGUCCAUGAACUCCAAAAUCAAAAUGCUCAGCUAAUAGAAGAUCAUACGCGGGACGUCCUUAGCAUAAAGGCUAAGGAAACUCAGCUCGUUCGAGCACGAGGCGAUGCGGAGACUGCAGAACAGAGUGUUCAGAAACAGCAGCGAGAGAUUGAAAGACUGAAACGAGAGCUUUCUCGAGCUAUGCGAGCGGGUGCAACCAGCCCCCCGAUGACCAUCCCGGACAUGGGCUUAAAUAUGGGCAUUAGCGACAGCGGAGGUAUCUAUCAAGAUGAUUUACACCGCGUCAAUGGCACCCCGUCUCGUGCUAGCCUUCACAUGGGAUCUCGAUUCGAAAGCUCACGGCCAAGAAGCUUUGUCUCCUCAAGCCCCAGUGAAGAGAAAGAGAACACCGGCAUGGUUUCCCCUGCUUUGAGCAGUGGAUUCUCCAGCCGCAGGAAAUUUAGCCCCCCUGCUGGUUCCUCUUACUCUUCCGGCAGAGGCAGUCCAAGGACCUCGCGAACUCCAACUGGCGAUAGUGGGACCGUAUCAAUGGAACCAUCGGAAAAUUGGAAGAGAGCAGCGGAAGUGACGAGCCAGCUUAAGGCUAGAAUCGAGCAAAUGAAGGCAAGACAAGGUCUGUCAAGGCCUCCUCCUUCACACUAA